CACACACGGAGACAGACACAGAGCAGAGUUCAGCUGCUGUCAUUUUCACAAUCUCCAACAUCAAUUAGCAAAAAAGGUUGAACUACUGGAGUAACACCAGUCUCAGAGGUCUGCUGUCCAAAUUCAGGUCUCCCCUGCAUCGCCCACUCGAGAAAAUAUUGACCAGUCUGGAACUAUGGAGCCCUUUUGCAACCAGACAUUGUGUCAGAUCGAUUUUACGAGAAACAGCAUUGAGCUCGCGGUCAUAUACAGUGCCAUCUUCAUCGUGAGCUUUACCAUGAACUGUCUGACCCUCUGGCCAAUUAUCCUGCAAGUCAAGCAGAGGAACGUCCUGGGAAUUUACCUCCUAAGCCUGUCCAUAUCUGACAUUUUCUACGUGUUGACCAUUCCUCUCUGGGUCCUUUAUUACUACAAUGACCACACGUGGACACUCAGUUGGGCUUCCUGCUAUCUGUCAGGGUUCAUAUUCUAUUCCAACGUCUACAUCAGUAUCUUGCUCCUCUGUUGCAUCUCGCUGGAUCGAUACCUGGCAGUGGUCUAUCCCAUCGAGUCUCAGGGUUUCCGACGGCCGGGGAAAGCUGUACAAGUGAGCCUGCUGAUUUUUUUGGUCAUCUUCGGCCUCCACCUUCCAGUCCUCAUUGGCUCCAUCAGUCAAGAUGGCGGACACAAGACCGACAACCAGACUUGCUUCGAGCACAUCCCUCUGAUCAGGCCGGUUGCCAUCGGCAACUACUUCCGAUUCGUGGCUGGCUUUUUGCUGCCACUCCUGGUCCUGAUCUUUUCCUACCAGAGGAUCUUCAAAGGCGUCCGGAAGAGCUUGACCCUGGGGGCGGAACAAAAGGCCAAAGUUAAGCUUCUCUCCAUAUUGGUCAUCACCAUUUUCGUCAUAUGCUUCGCCCCCUACCACAUCAUCCUCUUGCUCCGAACCAUAAAUUUCACCCUCAACAACUGCAGUUGUGACUUCGAACAGGCGGUCCACCUGUACUUCAACAUUUCCCUGGCGUUGUCCAGCCUCAACAGUGCCGUGGACCCAAUACUCUAUGUGUUGGUCAGCAACGGUGUCAAAAAGGAUCUGAGGAAAACUUUCACCUCCCUUCGUUAUGUUGGCUUCGCAAAGGGUCAGACCACAAAGGGGUCACCUAUCUCGCUGACCAAGACUACUGCCUUAAUCGGCCAUGUUUGAUGGGAGGAGUUUGGGGGGGGGCAGGUCACACACAGAUUAACAAGAUGAUGGGAAGUCUUGCAUUCACCAGCGCCCCUUCCCCGUUGCCUAAAAGGAAGCAACGUCGGUUCUUAUCUCCAGUUUCCCAGCUGUGAAACCAGGACAGGGAAAAUCAGGAGGUGGAUCCAUCUUAUGCUGAACUCUAAAGGGAGACGAGAGGUAGAAAACUGGACUCCACGUAGCUUUCAAACCUGACUUUGAGCAUCCAGUUUAACAGGCUGUUUCACUUGGGGUGCCCAGGCAAUGAUUGACCAAGUGGGUGGACCAGAGAUUUGGAUAAUGGCCAAAGCGAGGUCUCAGGUUUGCUGUCCUCUGCUGGUCUCAAGGAGGAUUCUGCCAACUCGGUUGGUGCUCAGCUCCCUAUCUGACAGGAUCUGGAGAGCCGCACUCAGAGGUAAAAGGAACGGUUGGCUGUAAUCCCAUUAGUGAGAGACUUAACAUGAGAAGAACCCUUCAUGGUAACUUUAGCCAGUGCAGGAAUUGAACCUGCCAACCUGCCAACCAAGCGAAGCAACCCUCACCCCACGAGGUACCCAAUGUGAGGCUUGAACCCUGAGAUCGAGAGCCCCAUGGUCUACCAACUGAGCUAACUACUGGAGGGCUUGCAAACCCAGACCUGGAAACAUGAACUCAGCGAGGAGAAAUGAAGCUCAACAAUAUCCUCAAUCACUUCAAACCUUCCUCCUUGAGUUACAAGUUCAAUAUUUACCGGUUCAGCUGAAGUGACUCAUGGAGGUUUUUGUACAAACUGAGAUAUAAUAGAGAAUGCAUUUAGAAUUAAUGAAAAUAUUGCAGAUGUAAUGAACCAGCUAACUUGGAAGUGUGGUGAGGUAGCCACAAUUGCAUGUAAUGAGAUGUGUCAUGAAAUGUUCAAACUUUGCACAUAAUUUCAAUGACAAUGAUUCAAAACCCAUUAAAGAGGGACCAUGAU